GAAAUAAACAAAAUUGACGACUACCUCCAGAAAGUUCAGUCGGGAAAGCUGGUGGUCGCCCAGUUCGGAGCGUCCUGGUGUGCGCCCUGCAAGAAGAUGAAGCCACUGGUGAAGAAACUGGGGGAGGAGAACGAAGACGUCGAAUCGCUGUAUGUGGACAUUGAUGAGCUCCCGGAGCUCGGAGAGAACGAAGACAUAAACGAACUGCCAACCGUUCUGCUGCGAAAAAAUGGAAAGUACCUCGAUAAAGUUGUGGGGAUGAAUGAGGAGCAGGUCCUCCGCGCAGUGAGCGCGCACAGGGCCCCCAAGGAGGCGGACGCCUGA